AUGGCGCAAGCAUACGCAUAUACCAUCUAUCGCGGUACAUUCGUUCACACACCCCGUCUACCAGACUCUACGCCUCGGCUAAAAACAGAGCUUGUGCGUAAUCGUGGCGCACUAUGGGUGGCUUCUGCGGACGGUCGAAUCAAAGGCUUUGACUGGCAGGCUCGCGAUGAUGCCUCCUUUAAGGAAUUGAUGACCCGUAAUGGGUGGGUGGAUGUGGACGCCCCCCAAACUUAUGGCUAUGACGGAAACGAAGUCAAGGUGAAGAUUGUCCUUGCAAGCGAAGAGAGAAAUGAAUUUUUCUUCCCAGGAUUUAUCGACACACAUAUCCAUGCCCCGCAAUUCCCGAAUGUUGGCCUGUUCGGCUCUUCGACUUUGCUCGACUGGCUGGAAACGUAUACGUUCCCCGUUGAGUCAGGCUUUGGCGCCCAGGCAGACCAACCCGGUGGAACCGAUAAGCUUCCUAAUGAUGCACCUCUAUCAGCAUUGCGAAUCUAUGACCAAGUGGUUGCACGCACUCUGUCUCACGGCACGACAUGUGCAUCCUACUUUGCCACGGUCCAUGUCCCAGCGACAAAUGCACUCGCUGCCCUAUGCCACUCGCGCGGACAGCGUGCAUUUAUUGGACGCGUAUGCAUGGAUAAUCCGGACUUCUGCCCACCAUACUAUAAGGAUCUAUCGGCUGACGACUCGGUGAGCGCGACAAGAUCGACGAUUGAGUAUAUCCGCGGGCUGGAUCCAAAGGGUACUCUUGUCAACCCGAUCAUCACUCCACGCUUCGCGCCGACUUGCACGCGGCCUGCUCUGGAGGGCCUUGGAAAAUUAGCGGCUGAGUUCAGCCCGCCAUUGCACAUCCAGACCCAUAUCUCCGAGAACACGAACGAGUGCGCGCUUGUCAAGGAACUGUUCCCCGAGUCGGAGAGCUACGCAGAUGUCUACGACAGGUAUAACCUUCUCACCAAGCGGACGAUUCUAGCUCACGCUGUUCAUCUCACCCCUGACGAGCGCAAUCUGAUCCGUCAGCGAGACGCAAAGAUAUCGCACUGUCCGGCCUCGAACUCGGCUCUUGGAUCGGGAAUUGCCCCCGUUCGUACUUUACUUGAUGAGGGAAUUACCGUCGGUUUGGGCACAGACGUGAGUGGAGGCUAUAGUCCCAGUAUUCUCGAAGCUGCACGCCAAGCUUGUCUCGUAUCUCGAUUACUCGGGCAUACUACUUCCUUCUGCCAGAAGGGAGACAAGCAUGUGCACGAAAAUGGACACGCUGAUAAACCUAUUAUCGGCCGCGAGAAAUUGUCGGUUGAGGAGAGUUUGUACCUGGCGACUCGCGGCGGCGCUGCGGUCGUUGAUAUGGCUGAUGAUCUUGGUGGCUUCGACGAGGGCAUGAUCUGGGAUGCACAACUCAUCGAGCUCGGUAGCGUUCAGGAAUUGAGUGAGAAACCGCUCGAUAUGAGAACAGAUGGUGCUCCGAGUCUGGUGAAAGCUGGUCCCGUUGGCAAUGUCGAUCUCUUUGGAGCUGAGACGUGGGAGGAGAAGAUCCACAAAUGGGUAUGGAGUGGUGAUGAUCGCAAUGUCAAGGCUGUCUGGGUCGCUGGACGGCUGGUUCAUUCGAAGUCCUAG